AUGUUUCUUCGAUCAUCGUCAUCAUUGAGAAUAAUCAAAUCAUUUCCUUCUUAUUUUCAUUCAUCAACAUUGAUUCGAUCAUGCUCUGUCUUUAGUAAUUCUAAUAAUAAUUCACAAAUUUUAUCGUCUUCAUUAAGUCUAUCACAAUUUCAACGAACAUUUAUGUUUUGGCGUGCUAACAUCGAACGAGAAUUAUAUGGAACACCAACUAAAGCAUUAGCAACAAAGAAACGUCGACGUCUUCAAAAAAGUCUUACACAAAUUAUUCGUGAUGGUCAAUUAAUGCGUUUAUUAAAAGAAACUCUUUUACCUGAAUGGAAUAAAUGGUGGAAAGAAGUACAACCAUGGGAUAGAAGACAUGAAUUUUUUCAUAAUGAUUAUAUGGUAAUACAUGAUUUUGCUAAUAAUGAAGAAAUUAAAAAAUGGACUGUACGAACAGAUCUUGACGAAGGUGUUGGUGAAUCAACAGCUGAACUUGUACCAAGUGGACAUGGUUCAGUUCUAUUUCGUGGUCAUAUAUCAUCGAAAAUGGUUAAUCAAAAUACAUUAUAUAAUCAAAGUGGUUUUGCUAUUAUGUUUUCUGAACGUUUACGAGGAACAUUUCUUAUGCCAGCUCAUCAAAAAGGUUGGACUAAUUUUACUCAUAUUCUUUUACGUAUUCGAGGUGAUGGACGAUUUUAUGAAAUACGAUUUCAUACGCCUGAUCAAGAUCGUCAUCAUUGGUCUGAUAUGUAUUCAAUGAUUUUAUAUACACGUGGUGGUCCUUAUUGGUCAAUAGCUAAAAUUCCAUUUGCACAAUUUUUUCGUAAUAAUAUGGGACGUAUUAGUGAUAGACAAUAUGCUUUUCAACCACUUACAUGUACACAAAUGUCUAUAUCUAUUAUUGAUGCUGCUGAUGGACCAUUUGAACUUGAAAUAGCUGAAAUUAGUCUCCUACGUGAUUUACGUUAUAAUCAUGAUAAAUUUGCUUAUGAACAAUAUACACUUCCACCUUAUACAACUGUUUAUAAUUGA